AGCUAGACGUCCGGGCAGCCCCCGGCUCGGCGCGCCCGCAGCAGCCUCCGCCCCCGGCUCGGUGCGCACGCCCGCGGCCAGGGCAGCCCAAGUCCCGAGCCAGUGCGCCUAGCCAGUCCCGGCGGCCGCCGCCUCCCAGACCGGACCACAGGCCACCUCCGGAGUCCCCGCCUCGCCGCCUCCGCCACCUCCCGCGCGCACGGCCGCCAGACUCCUUCCCGGACUAAUUGCAAAGACCCGGAGCGAGCUUCUAGGGGCAGCGAUGCGACCCUCCGGGACGGUGGGAGCCGCGCUCCUGGUGCUACUGGCGGCGCACUUCCCGGCGGGGCUGGCGCUGGAGGAAAAGAAAGUUUGCCAGGGGACCAACAACAAGCUGACGCAGCUGGGCACUUUAGACGACCACUUCCUGAGCCUCCAGAGGAUGCUAAACAACUGCCAGGUGGUCCUGGGAAACCUGGAAAUCACCUACAUGCAAAGGAACUACGACCUUUCCUUCCUGAAGACCAUCCAGGAGGUUGCCGGCUACGUCCUCAUCGCCCUCAACGUGGCGGAGAAGAUCCCUCUGGAAAACCUGCAGAUCAUCAGAGGAAACGUGCUCCUGGAGAACACCCACGCCUUGUCCGUCUUGUCCAACUACGGGCCCAACCGCACGGGGCUGCGGGAGCUGCCCAUGCGCAACCUGCAGGAAAUCCUGCACGGUGCUGUGCGAUUCAGCAACAACCCCAGCCUCUGCAGCGUGGACACCAUCCAGUGGCAGGACAUCGUGGACGACAACUUCCUGGGCAACAUGUCCACGGACUUUCAGAACAGCCCUUCCGGCAGCUGCCAGAAGUGUGACCCGAGCUGCCCCAACGGAAGCUGCUGGGGUGCGGGAAAGGAGAACUGCCAGAAACUGACCAAAAUCAUCUGCGCAGAGCAGUGUUCGGGGCGCUGCCGUGGCAAAUCCCCCAGCGACUGCUGCCACAACCAGUGCGCGUCCGGCUGCACGGGGCCCCGCGAGAGCGACUGUCUGGUGUGCCGGAAGUUCCGGGAUGAAGCCACGUGCAAGGACACCUGCCCGCCACUCAUGCUGUACAACCCCACCACGUACCAGGUGGACGUCAACCCAGACGGGAAAUACAGCUUUGGAGCCACCUGUGUGAAGAAGUGUCCCCGUAACUACGUGGUGACCGACCACGGGUCAUGUGUCCGGGCCUGCGGCUCGGACAGCUAUGAGGUGGAGGAAGACGGCGUCCGCAAAUGUAAAAAGUGCGAAGGGCCCUGUCGCAAAGUCUGUAACGGAAUAGGCACCGGAGAGUUCAAGGACACCCUCUCCAUAAACGCCACAAACAUCAAAUACUUCCGGAACUGCACGUCCAUCAGCGGGGACCUCCACAUCCUGCCGGUAGCUUUUAAGGGCGACUCCUUCACACACACGCAGCCUCUGGACCCCAAGGAGCUGGACAUUCUCAAGACUGUAAAGGAGAUCACAGGGUCUCUGCUGAUUCAGGCCUGGCCAGAAAACAGGACGGACCUGCACGCGUUUGCGAACCUGGAAAUCAUACGCGGCAGGACGAAGCAGCAUGGCCGGUUUUCUUUCGCGGUGGUUGGGCUGAACAUCACGUCCUUGGGUCUGCGCUCGCUGAAGGAGGUCAGCGAUGGCGAUGUGGUCAUCACAGGGAACCGUCACCUGUGCUACGCAGACACGGUGAACUGGAAAAGGCUCUUUGGGACCUCGAAUCAGAAAAUCAAGAUCGAGAAGAACAAAGACAGUGCAGAAUGCCGGGCCCAAGGUCACGUCUGCAACCCGCUGUGCUCGCCCGAGGGGUGUUGGGGCCCAGGACCUGGGGACUGCAUAUCUUGCCGAAACGUCAGCAAUAACAAGGAGUGUGUGGAGAAAUGCAACAUUCUGGAGGGCGAACCCAGGGAGUUUGAGGAGAAUUCCCAGUGCAUACAGUGCCAUCCGGAGUGCCUGCCGCAGCCCAUGAACGUGACCUGCACAGGACACGGGCCGGACAGGUGCGUGCAGUGUGCCCACUACAUGGACGGCCCUCACUGCGUCAGCACCUGCCCGGCCGGGGUCAUAGGCGAGAACAACACGCUGAUCUGGAAGUUCACGGACGCCCAGCACGUCUGUCACCUGUGCCACCCGAACUGUACCUACGGCUGUGUGGGACCAGGUCUGGAAGGCUGCGCACAUACGCCCAAUAUUCCAUCCAUCGCCACGGGGAUCGUGGGUGGCCUCCUCCUGGUGGUGGUGGUGGCCAUUGGCGUGGGCCUGUUUCUGCGCAGGCGCCACAUCGUCCGGAAGCGCACGCUGCGGAGGCUGCUCCAGGAACGCGAGCUCGUGGAGCCCCUUACGCCCAGCGGAGAAGCGCCCAACCAAGCGCUCCUGCGGAUCUUAAAGGAGACAGAAUUCAAAAAAAUCAAGGUGCUGGGCUCCGGCGCAUUCGGCACCGUGUACAAGGGGCUCUGGAUCCCCGAAGGCGAGAAGGUCAAAAUCCCCGUGGCCAUCAAGGAAUUGAGAGAAGCCACAUCUCCGAAAGCCAACAAGGAGAUUCUCGAUGAAGCCUACGUCAUGGCCAGCGUGGACCACCCCCAUGUGUGCCGCCUUCUGGGCAUCUGUCUGACCUCCACCGUGCAGCUCAUCACCCAGCUCAUGCCCUUCGGCUGCCUACUGGACUACGUCCGCGAGCACAAGGACAACAUCGGCUCCCAGUACCUGCUCAACUGGUGUGUGCAGAUUGCCAAGGGCAUGAACUACCUGGAGGACCGGCGCCUGGUGCACCGGGACUUGGCGGCCAGGAACGUCCUGGUGAAGACGCCACAGCACGUCAAGAUCACGGACUUCGGGCUGGCCAAACUGCUGGGUGCAGAGGAGAAAGAGUACCACGCAGAGGGGGGCAAAGUGCCCAUCAAGUGGAUGGCUUUGGAGUCUAUUUUACACCGAAUUUAUACCCACCAAAGUGAUGUCUGGAGCUACGGGGUCACUGUUUGGGAGCUGAUGACCUUUGGGUCCAAGCCUUACGACGGAAUCCCGGCGAGUGAAAUCUCAACCGUCCUGGAGAAAGGGGAGCGCCUCCCACAGCCACCCAUCUGCACCAUCGACGUCUACAUGAUCAUGGUCAAGUGCUGGAUGAUAGACGCAGACAGCCGCCCCAAGUUCCGGGAGCUGAUUCACGAAUUCUCCAAGAUGGCCCGGGACCCCCAGCGCUACCUCGUCAUCCAGGGGGACGAGAGAAUGCACCUGCCCAGCCCUACGGACUCCAACUUCUACCGCGCCCUGAUGGACGAAGAGGACAUGGAGGACGUGGUGGACGCCGACGAGUACCUCAUCCCCCAGCAGGCCUUCUUCCACAGCCCCUCCACCUCCCGGGCGCCUCUCCUGAGCUCCAUGAGUGCCACCAGCAACAGCUCCACCGCGGCUUGUGUCGACAGGAACGGGCAGAGCUGCCCCCUGAAGGAAGAGAGCUUCUUGCAGCGGUACAGCUCCGACCCCACCGGCGCCUUGACUGAGGACAUCAAUGGCACAUUCUUCCCAGCGCCAGAAUACAUAAACCAGGUGGUUCCCAAAAGGCCAGCGGGCUCUGUCCAGAACCCCGUCUACCACAAUCAGCCCCUAAACCUGGCUCCGGGCCGAGACCCUCACUACCAGAACCCCCACAGCAACGCCGUGGGCAACCCCGAGUAUCUCAACGCUGCCCCUCCUCCCACCAUCAACGGUGUCCCCGACGGCCCCACUCUCUGGGUGCAGAAAGGCAGCCACCAAAUUAGCCUGGACAACCCCGACUACCAGCAGGACUUCUUUCCCAAGUCCAAUGGCGUCUUUAAGGGGCCGACAGCUGAAAAUGCAGACUACCUGAGGGCCGGCGCCCCGAGCAGUGAAUUUAUAGGAGCAUGACCGUGGAGGGAGCAGCAACAGUAACAACCGCAGGCUCCUCAGCCCCAGGACCAGUGGCACCGCCACACCCAUCCCCACUGUGUGCCCACGCGAGUCCUGGACCUCUGGACUGGUUUAGCCAUAUCUGCUCUGAUCAACUCAUCUUUCAACCGGGAAGUGCCCCUACUCCAGUGCACUUUGGGAAGCCGCAGGGACAUCCCUCUGUCUUCAGACUGGGAGGCUCUGGUACAAGGCGUCCAGGAAAGAAUGUUGCCCAUCGGACUGAAGUUCACUUUACAAUGAGGUAUAUUUGAGGGGGAAAAAACUACAUCUAUACAGAGUGUUAUUGCUUGGGGACCUUUCAGGGUUUGGUUGUCAUUGUUGGUUCUGAACUGGCGUUUCCAAUGAGGAGGAAGCUUGUCCAAGUGUCACGAUGGCUGCCCUGAGUGCACGGGGCCCAACCGGGACCGAGAAGCAAGGGCCAGUCUUCCAGCUGACACUCGACAGACGCGCUGGCUCUGCUUCCAGGCUCUUCCACUGCCAGGCAGCCCAGACGAGAAGGCCUCCGUGACCCGAGCAGGCCCGACGGUCGUGGCGUCCAGUCCUGGCAGGUGCAGAGAUAAGCCACUUGGACCCCAUUCUGGGCCAAGAGGGACCAGAAGGGUUAGAAUUCCUCAUCGGACUGACUUUUGUACCAACAUCUCCUCGGUACUUACUCUCUACUGGUUGGCCAGUGUUUCCUACCUGUAAGCAUCAAGAUUUCCUUGUUUAUUUUUGCAUUCCACUGGUUUGGAAACCCAGUCUGGUGUCUCCACCCACCAGACCAGACGGUACGGCAAAAGAUAAAGGACAGCCCAGGCGGCUGCCCUCAGAACGGCAGCCUUUAACCGAGAUGCAGAAGCUCAGACAAGAGCCCAUCCCCCCAGAUCUGAGUCUCGGGAAGUUCAUCAAGUCCUUUGAGGACCGGGGGCAAGUUCGUAAUCCACGGGCUGCAGAGAUGAAGCUGUGCUUAAAACUCAUUUAACCUUUCCCUCCCCCAAAAAUUAGUUUAGGCUACUCAUAGAAGAUAAUUUUCUUUUUAUUUCACUUCAGAAGGUUUUUUUUUUUUUUUGCUCAGAAGGUACUUUAUUCUUUCUUGGUAAGCUGUCCCCAAAGCCCCCCCACCCCCACCCAUUGUCCUGUGUCAAUAAAAGGAUCAGGCAACUACUUACAGCCACGGUGGGCACACUUUACAGGUGACAGUAAAGAUGACAUUAUGUAGAGGGUGGAAUUCAAGUGGCAAGUGAGACACUUGAGUUUGAAAUUGAAGACACUGCCUUUGCAACAUCUAGGGGCGUAUUAGAAGAAAAGAAAUAUUUUUUUCUUCUUAAAAAAAGAUAUCUCUAUCAUUGGAGGAGGACCCGGGGGACGCUAACGUUCUUUCCAAUCUGCGUGUCCCUUCAACCUGACCUAGCAGUGGUGGCGUUCUGCACACGCUUCGCCACCCCCCUUCCCCCCGUCCACCCAGGAGGAAACACUGCCGAGACCUUUCUGGCCCAUGGGUGUGUUCCGCCACCUCGUAUCUCGUCUCAGUGGAAAUACACACGCUAGUCAAGCCCCUUCCACCAUGUCCUCACCUACACCAGCCAGCCCAGCAAAGGUACUGAAGGCACAAAAGGGAAUCAAACAUCAUCCCUGAUUCCCAGGCACUGACUGUAGAGCAAAGCAAACAGACUCACAAAUACUGAACGUAGAGCAAUGUGACAAGUGCUAGAUGGACCGCGUCAGCAGGGCCCUGGGACAGCAGAGGGCAGGCAGGCAGACAGGCUGCUCCUGAGGAGACCCCGGGUUCGUCAACGACUCUGAGUGGGGCCGAAAGGGGCCGGGGUCUCAGGCAGGAGGAGGCAGAAAGUGCGCUCCCGGUGGCGGCGGUGGGAAUUGCAGCGGCUGAGUCAGGUCCCCAGGCUGCCCCUUUACCCUGGGAUAUCCCGGGCCUUGGUCCCCAGGUCCCCCUUGGGCAUGUGGUGUCCCCACCAGGGAUUUUAAAAUGCUCAGUGACAUCUCUGAGGACGUUAGACAACAUUUCUGAGAAUCUGCAGUUUGAUGCCAUUGUCAUUAAAUCACUUAUUCUUAGUUCACUAGAGAAAGUCAAUGUUUUAGUCAGAUGUUUAUUCGGCUCUGGGGAACAACAAUUCACAUUCCACUGUCACUUUUAUUUGCCAAAACACAGGUGAUCGGCAAGGGAGGGUGCCUGUCCCCAGUCGUAUUGUAGCAGUUAAAUCCUAGUAUUUUUGUAAUUUGAAACAGUUUACUAUAACAUAAUAAAACAGCAAAAACCAUUCAA